UAUACUGAUUUCCUUCUGUUCGCCUUGGCAAAGUACCAUCACAUUUGUGGAUUGCAUCCCUGGAAAGUAUUUUGGUAAUUUACCAUGUCUGCGGCCACAAAAUUACAUAAAACAAGUUGGUGCGCCCUUCGGCAGCUGCAACAAUACAGAACUAAGGCCAAUUUCAGCGGCAGUUCGGCAUCGAUAGCCAAACGGAAUGACCUAUUCAACCAGGAGCAGCGCCGUCAACGGGAUGCCGUUGGUCGAAUCGAUAAGAUCGAGGUGCGGUACCUGGGACUUCCCGAGGAUGUCACUCUGGUGAUGAACAGCAACAUCUCAACGCCCUUUAAUUGCGCCCAGCAUCUGAGUGAGGGGCACUGUAAGCGAUCGGCACUUGCCUUGAUCGACGGCAGUGUACCCUGGGAUAUGCACAGACCUUUGCAGGAAUCCUGCACUCUGCAGCUGCUCAACUUCCAUGUCUCCGAGCCACAUGUGGUCAACAAAGCGUUCUGGCGCACUUGCAGCUUUAUGUUGGGAGCCGCCUUGAACCGCGCUUUUAAGCCUGAGGCCAAUCUUCAGCUCCACAGCUUUCCUGGACCCAACAUCAAAUCCGGUAGCUUUGUACACGACAUUGUGCUGCAAACCCAGAACUGGGAGCCGAAAAAGGAAGAUAGGCGCGCCAUUUCGGCAGAGAUGGUAAAACUGGCUGCUCAGGAUCUGCGCAUCGAGCGUUUGGACGUCCAACAGGAUUUGGCCCAGGAGAUGUUCAAGGAUUCCAAGUAUAAGAGCGAACAGUUGCCCAGUAUUGCGCAGCAGACCAAUGGAAGGGUCACCUUAUAUCGCCUGGGUGAUCACAUCGACAUCUCACGCGGUCCAAUGGUGGCCUCUACCAGCUUUCUAGGCAAGUGCGUCAUCUCGGCUGCCCACAAAGUUGCGGAGGAAGGUCCCGCUGGUGCUUUCUAUCGCAUUCAGGGCGUUGCACUGCCGACUGGCUUCCAGCUGAAUCAUGUUGCAUUUGGUGUAUUGGAGGAGCGUUCCAAGAAAGCCAGCCCCGCACGCCUGCCCAAUGAACCAUUUGAGGAACAACAACAACUGCAAUUAUCUUAAAACGUUCUUUAAUAUUUAAAACUAUACUAUAAGUGUUUAAAGGUAAAUCAUUAAAGAGCGUCCUAAUUUGUUACAAGAAAAA